AUGGAAAAAGUGCAGACUACCUCCACAGCGACCAGCUCCGUUCAAUGGCAGGCUGCCCAGGAACCAGACACUGGCGAAGAGGCAAUCGAAAGGCUGGACUUGCGACCUACGAUACCGCGUACUUUGAAAGGCGCCGUUGGGUUGAUCGGUGUGAACAGCAGCGUGGUCAGCGCAUGGCCUAUCUUCUUCCUCACCUCAGUGAUUAGUCUCUCCUUUGCAGGCGCCGCGGGUCUGCUUAUCGGCAUCAUAGUCGCAAGCCUGGGUAUGACCCCGGUCUACAUUAGUCUGGCUGAGAAGAUUCGAAGAUACCCGACCGCUGGCGGACAGUACCACUGGGUCGCUGCACUUGCGCCGCAGAGUUGCCAGAAGUUCCUCAGUUUCGUUUGUGGCGUGACCCUUGCAUUCACCUGGCUGACAUUCCAAGCUGCAAACAUCUGGCUCGGGGCAGAAAGCUUUAUGGCCAUCGUGCUCGUCUAUACCGGCAGAUACGACGUCACAUGGGCCUUCUGCACAGCAUUAGGCAUGCAGCUAGUCGCACUUCUGGUGAACCUGACUUGGGGAAGGCACAUGAAUGCAGCAGAAAGCCUCACUGUUAUCCUACAUCUUGUCGCCGUUGUCCUGCUUACGGCUCUACUGAUCUUCUCGAGGGCGUCAGGGACCAUGAGCUCGGACUUCUCCUUCUCUGGUAACACAGGAUGGGGUCUAGGAGCUGGGACUCUUCUCUGCAUCACCUUUGCCACAACAACCAUCUCCGGCUUCGACUGCGCGAGUCACCUGACUGAGGACACCGUGGAGCCCAGCAAGCGGGUCCCGAGAUCUUUGCUCUGGAGCACCACUCUCAAUGAGACGGCAUGCAUCAUCUGUGCUGUGCUCGUCGGGCUUAACGCGGGCGACAUUGGAUCACUCUGGGGUGGCCCGCUUGGUGCGACUGGCCAUCCUUUUGGUGCGGUCGUGCAACUGGUCUAUAACGCUUCUCAGGAACGGAGAGGUCUGACAACGGCUGUAUUCGGGCUACUCGCCGCGAUCCUGCUGAUUUGCUCCAUCAAUGUUACUGCGGCAGCCAGUCGCACUGUGUUUGCAGUCAUUCGCGACGAUCGUAAUCCAUACGUGAGCAAAUGGAUGGCGGCAGACCUUCAGAAGGCAGGAGUGCCGCGCAUUACGAUAGUGCUUGUUGCGCUUGCGCCAGCACUGUUGCUGUGGAUCAAUUUUGUCAGCGCCGUUGGCUUUCAAGCACUGGGAUCACAGUGUAUCCUAUCACUUUCGUCGACGUACAUGCUGGCGAUAAGCUGCUCUUUCUGGUCCAGAUUUCAUCAGCCCGACCUGCUCGGACGGGAUUAUGGAGGGAUCUUUCACCUUGGAACAUUCUGGUUUGUGACGUCUGCAUCCUUACCUACGUCUCCGCGCUGA